UUAGCCAGUUCCGAUAGGGGGGGAUAGUGAAUAAUAAGUCGGCAUAGUGUAGAGUACUUGCGCACUGAAAUAGUCAACAGAAAAGCUCAGGGAACCAACUUCGAACUGGCGACAGAGGAGAAAAUGCGUCUUGACUACAGAAGUAAGCGUGUCUUAUUAAUUGUGAAAUAAAUAGAACGUAUCCGAGUGCAUGAUUUUCUCUGUCCUCUGUCUGUGAAAGUUUUCACCAGUAACAAUGUAUAGACCUGGUGAUGUGGGAUUGCACUGCAGAUCCGGAGUAUGAUAAAGAACAACAUGGCAACGGCUUAAUAAUAGACGAACAGCUUCAAUUUCACCGGAUAUAAUACAGAAACAGAAACAGAAAAUCUGAAAAACCUUACCAUUUUUAAACGCUCAGUCGUUUUCAACAACAACGCUGGAAAGCUGGAUUUUGCAGUAGCCAGUAUAUGCGUAGCUGGAGCGACGCUGCGUUCAUUGAGCUCUUCCCUGCGGGCUACACAUAAUAACGCCAGGGACUGAGUGGUAUUCAUUCGGUUAUGCACAACGCACAGCAUUGCAUCCAGGAAAUAAAAAUAUCAAGAUUUCUAUUUGAAAUCAAGAGGGAAGCGUUGAAAAGUAAGGUUUUGCGUCUGUGUAUAAUGAUUCGUAUGUUAAAACCUUCUCCAUAUACAGACGCAGCCAUGGCACGGAUUCCGGCACACGAUUUUCUUCCCACAAGAAUGAAUAUUGUAGAAUUAUCUAAAUUUACGACCGAGAGUGACAGGUACAGCACAGGAGAUAAAGCUUAAGGAUGUGUUGCCCUGGACUGGUCUGAAUAAACGUACAGUAAGGCUGAUUUGGCAUACGUUGUUUUUGCUCUAUAGAAAGUAGCCUACAGUUAAUGAUUGUGAAUUUCGCUUUUUGAGAGUGCGAUGUGGUCAGCAUUGUCCUGUCACACUACAAACGGUUACCUGAAAGGUAGUUUACGGCUUGAUUUAGUAUAACAGGGACUGCUUUGAGAAUUGGACAACGAUUCUAUUUUGAUGAAAUUUUCUGCUGAUAAAGUCUUCAUUCAUAAUAACUGGAUGUAGCGACACUAUCGACUGUGUUUACAAUGUGUGCCCCCGCACGCGCCAACGGGAAUGGAGAAGAGAUCUACGAUGCGCCGGGUAUGCCCGCAUCCCGGUGUGCAAUUCAUUUAUAACUAAUCAUUUCAUGUAUGGAUUUUAUUCUACUUAAGUAUUGAUCUGAGGUGGAAGUAAACAUUGCAUUGGCCCAGAAUGACGGGCAACGGUCCCACCAUUGUGUACGAAUGGCUUAAGACACUUCAGCUUUGUCAGUAUGCGGAAUCAUUCGUUGACAAUGGAUAUGAUGACUUGGAAGUAUGUAAACAAAUUGGGGACCCCGAUUUGGAUGCUAUAGGUGUCUUCAGUCCUCACCAUAGGCAGAGAAUUCGUGCCGCGGUAGAGAGGCUGAAAGAAGAAGAUAAAGACACGGCCACCGGUGUGUACUUCACCUUAGAGCCGAUGCCUACCUCCCCGGAUACGUACACCUCCCGCAAGACAGAGUACCGCGCAUCCAGACUGAAAGGAUCUAGAUCAUGGACCGAGACCAAAGUCGAUCAGGUUCAAAGAAAUCGGGGGGGAAACCCCGUGAACAGAAAUGUCGACAAUCGUAAAGAACCAAUUAUUUAUCCCAAACUCAAACUGAAGAUAAUGAUCAGAGAUAAACUCGCUAAAGAUAGAAUUAACCUCUGCCAGCUUCCCUACUCUAAGAAGGAUGGCUCUCUGGGGAACAUUAAUGACCUGGCACAGGAGUACGCAGAGUUUUACAACACCUGCUUCAGUGACGUCUGUGACCGCAUGGAGGAGCUUCGCAGGCGCAGAGUGUCUCGGGACAUGGACCCAGUGAAAGAGGAAACCACCACUGUGUCACUGCAGUUGCGGUCAGAGAUUGAGGAGUCGCUAGGGUUCAGCAGUACGAUGUGCACCCCAGAGACCCAGAGGAAGCUGCGUCAUCACCAGUCAAGCUCUGAGGAUGGAUUUGUAGGGAAGUGGGAUGGCAAGAAGAGAAACAGGUCGUUCUGUCAAAACGUUCACAAGUCUCAGAGGGGAGUCCCCUGGCAAACAUCCAAAGUGGAAGAGAUGAGCUGCCCUGCUAGUGAGGUCACCAGAAGUGACAUGGAGAGCAUUCAGCUGAUGCUAAUGGUGAAGGACAAGACCAUCACAGUGGAGGAAGCAUUGGCCCAUCUGACGGAGUCUGAGGCCCAGAACAGCCCGUCCGGAUGGAUGGACAGGCCAGAGUGCACAGGCCAGUCCUGCCACUGCAAUAUCCAAUCCUCAAACUGCGAUUUGUGGGAGCAGUCAGAUGAUGAGCCAGAUGAGUUGGCGACCUUAAUCCAGGCCCAGACAUUGGUCAGCUCUUCACGCCAGGGCAGUAAGAAGCUAAUCAGAGAGGAGGAAGAGAAAACGAGGCUAUGCUCUCAAGACCCAGGUGAGAACACACCUCCACAUGGCACAGGGAGGCAGAGCAAGCUGACAAACCCCCAAGAUGCCUCCUUGACCUCCCUGCAUCUGGAGGAGCUUUCCCUGGAUGGAGACUCAGAUAGCCGGACCACCUCGCUCUCCUCCAGCAGCCAAGACACCUGGGGCAGCCGCAAACUGAUCAAAACCCCAGGCGAGCCUUUUGAAGGCCGUACCCACGGCCUCGACCGACAGGGAAGGGGCAGCGGCUCCUCUAUCUCAGAGGCAGAAUGCUGUUGCGUGGAGGACCCCAGAGCAUCUAGUGUUGAGCCUGAUGGCGAGAUGUAUGGGUCAAUCUCAGAGGGGAGGCCCAGCUCUCCUCCCUCCCUCCAGCAGGACUCAGACCCCCUGGAAACAUCAAUGCAGAAGACUGGAGGAUCUGUGGAGAGUCUGAGAAGCUCCACGAGUGGACAGAGUUCCAUGAGUGGUAAGACAGUCAGCACAACUGAUUCUUUGGUGAGUAACCGUGAGAAUGUGAAGCUGGAGAAUGGGGGCAAUGAAGAGUUGGUCAAUGGAGGACCCUUCUGUGGACAAGCCAGAGCGCACACAGACUUCAACCCAAACCCCUACAACUCCCUCAAAAUCAGGAGAGGUGACAUCAUUGACAUCAUCAGCAAACACCCAAUGGGCACCUGGAUGGGCCAGUUGAACCACAAGGGGGGGACAUUUAAGUUCAACUAUGUGGACGUCCUGGAAGAGGGAGAGGACAAACCCAAACGGCCUGUGAGGAAAAGAAGGAAGGGUCAUCUACCACAGCCCACUUCAAUGGAGGAGCUGCUAGUGCGCAUCAACCUCGAAGAGCACAUGCCCACCUUCUUUUUCAAUGGCUAUGAGGAUCUGGACACUUUCAAACUGCUGGAGAAGGAGGACCUGGAUGAGCUGGACAUCCAAGACCCCCAACAACGGGCAGUGCUGCUGACUGCUGUGGAGCUCUUGCAGGAGUAUGACACAGGUCACAGUGGCUCAGAGAGCGAAGACCUGUCUGACUCCCAAAAGCUCCUCUUGUCACAGGACAGCUCACUGAUGAGGAGCACCAAUAAUUUGGAUAAUGGGAAUAAUAGCCUCCCGCUCCACUGACAACCUUCAACCAAACCUAUAUUUCUUUUCCUCAUCUCUGAAUCAGCCCAACUCUUUUUACUUCAUUCAAAUUUCAGGGAAAAAUAACAACCUGAAGCUAAACUUUGUCCAUCUUCAACCUGAAGCUAUUCUCUGUUCUGUCCACCCUUAGUCUUAAUGUUAAGAAUCAUAGAUCUGAGUUGGAACUGAUUAAUGUCACCUUCUGAUGUUUGUGUGCUUGUGCAAUGGGAUGCACUUGUGUGGAUGAAAUAAAGCUUUAUUUGGCUAAAUAGGCUGAUUAGCACUGCAACUGUUCCCUGAGACGUGCAAUAUAUGGAGGACUAAACAUGCCUAAAUUUAAAGUAAAUAAAUAAAUAUAAAUGCAAGAAAAAUGCAAAAAUAAAUGAAUGUAAACUGACAUAAAUUCAUCAAUAGAUAAAAUCUGGGUAUUUCUGUAUUCAUUUCCUAAUUUAUUUAUUUAUUGAUUCAUUUAUUUCUGUAUACAUUUAUUUUCGUAUUUAUUUCUCUAUUUCUUCAUCCUUAUGAUAAUGUGGAGGCUCUCAAAGUAUGUCAUGGUGUCACCGUAUUCCCAUCAGUUGAUUAAUACCAGAGAGCGUAGUUGCUUUUACUACAUUUAAGUAGGGGAGGGCAGGAUGACAUGUAACAUGGAUUUUUUUUUAGGAAGCUGCAUCAGAGCUUGAGCAACGUAUUUCGGGUUAAACUCUUAAGGUCCAUGGCCAUGAUUUAAGAUGCUGUCGUCUAAUAAUAGCUUUCAACUACUGUACAAUAUUGCUUUUAUCGGUCGCUGAUUCAAGGUGCAGUGCUAUAACCCGUAUACCGUUUUAAAUCUUAGACUCUUAGCUUAGACUCUUACUACUGUGAUGCAUCGAUGUCUUGAUCGGUAAAACCACUAGAGAUAACAGAGGAAAUUACAAGGCGGUCCCCUUCCUCAAAGGAGGGCUAAAUUGACAUGCCAGUUUGAUGAUUAUGGUAUUUUAUAAUCCAAUAACUGACCACAAAAAGCCAAACAACUGACAUUGCCAAAACCCCCCUUUGAGCCAUAAACAAUCAAUAUGAUCUUUGUACGUAGGCUAAGAAAAGUCAUUAUUUCGUUGUGCAUUAUUUUCAUUGAGCUGAACAUUUUCAGGAGCACUUGAAAAAAAGCAUUUCUAUGUACGUGCAUAGAAUUUCAAACGUGAAAAUAGCUAUUUUUCUAAAAAAGUAACUUCUUACCUCACAAACAGUAAAAUAAUUUAAAAGAAGGUCUCAAUUAGACAUUCCAGUGCCCUGUAAAUGUACCAAGAACCUAAAAAAAAUCAACCCUCUCUAUAAUUUAUCCAUCGUCACUUUUGUCCCUGCUUGGAAACCUGGUAUACGUUAUAGUAACCUUACAGUCUUGUGUUCUUCAGGCUCAUUUACAAACCUUUUGGACGUAGUCUAUGUCUUUCAUCUAUCUGAAAUUAUGGUUUAGCUAUUCUGCUGCAUACCCUACUUACUUUCACUUUGCAUUUUUACAUUUGUUUGUUU